ACGAAACUGUGAAGCAGAAGAAGCUGAAGGGACGGUUGGUCAGCAAGCAGAGGCCCACCAGCGCUGCCCGCGGCUGACGAUGGCUGCAAAAGCCCCCCCAAGCCAGCAGAGCUCAGAGGCUGAGACCCAGCUGCUGGAAAAUGAGUUCCAGUUCGUUCUCUGUGAGGUCUGCCAGAAGGAAUCACCCAACCUCAAGCUCCUCACCUGUCUCCACACCUUGUGCCUCGGCUGUCUCAGUGAAAACAAGCCCUUUGGUCAGUGCCCCGUGUGCCAGACCACCAUCCCGCAGGCCAGCAGCAUCUCUGACAUGGACAAUCUGCUGUUUGCCAGCUUGCAGGCCAGGCUGAGCAUUUACAGGAAGAUCGUUGACAGAGUUGACUUGUUUUGUGACAAUUGCAAGAAGGAGGGCGAGUUCUGGUGCUCUGAGUGCGAGGAGUUCCUGUGCAAGACAUGUUUUGAGGCCCACCAGAGAUAUCUGAAGAGGGAUAGCCACGAAGCCAGGAGAGUGACGGAUGUCAGGGCAGGGUCGGCUAGGGACUUUCUUGAGCACACAAGGAAGACUAGUAACUUAUCCUGCUCCAACACAACUCACAAGAGCCAGACACUAAGCAUCUACUGCAAAAAGUGCUGCAAGCCUAUCUGCUGUGUCUGUGCCCUGCUGGACAGCAAGCACGCGGGCCAGCACUGUGAUAUCAACACGGAGAUCCAGCUGAGGCAGGAGGAGCUGCGCACCAUGAGCCUGGAGCUGAAGCAGAGGAAAAGUGGCUUUGAAGAUGCCUACAAGGUUCUGCAGAAUGAGGCGGCCCGCCUAGAGCAGGUGAGCAGUGAGACUCGGGAGCAGAUCCAGCAGCGCGUGGAGCAGCUGGUGCGGCUGAUCCGGCAGGAGGAAGAGGAGCUGCUGGGGCUGGUGGAGACGCGGCGGGAGCAGGGCCACCGGGAGCUGGUGGGGGAGCUGCAGCGCGUGGAGGGCGUGCUGCGACGUAUGGAGGCCGGCGAGCGGCUUGUGGAGAAGAUGAGCCUCUACGCCACGGAGCAGGAGGUGAUGGACAUGCAGCCCUUCAUCAAGGACUCCUUGGAGGAUCUGCGGAGGCUGCAGCCCACGGUGGCCGGGGGCCGAGUGCAGGCUGCCGGGGAUUUUGCCGAGUGCAGAAGCAGGCUCCAGGCACUGGUGGCACGAGUGACCGGGCAGACAGAAGCUACCUCUGCUCAAGCUACAGAAAAUUCCUGCCAGGUUCUUGCUGCAUCCACCCCUGUGAAGAGGAAAAAUGUUCAAAAUGCAGAUGUUUUGCCAUCACCAGUGAAGGUGAUAAAGGUUGAAAACAAUGACAUUGAAUGGAUGAAUUCAAAAGUCCUACAGAGACAAAGCUCCUUGGACCAGCCUGGAACAAGCUAUUCAGUGUCCACUGUGAGGCACACCACCAGGGAAGAUGGCUUAUUGGAAGACAGGCAAAAUAGCAAUGGUGGGCUGCAUGAUUCGGAUAACGAUCUUUUCUGCUUGGACAGUUUUGAAGAGGACAGCAGCGAUAAUGAGUCAUUGGACUCCAGUCUGCUAGAUGAACCCAACAGCACGCUUGAUGAGAGCACCAGUGAAGAAUGCCUGGGCAUUGCCCCCACCAACCUUGCCGCACUUGACUCAAGACAAGGAUACCUGAUGUUCUUUGAUGUGAAGAUUUUGAAAAAUGAGAUCAUUCAGGUGGCAGUGGUAGACAAAGAGAAAGUUUUCCCAGUCCUGAUUCAGCCAGUGAAAUGUCUGUCUGCCUUGAUGGCCAAAAAUAGCGUCUGCGAAGUUGGCCUGAAAAAUCUGCUUUGCCACCUCAACACUGUUAACAGGCCCAUCCUGGGUGGAUUUGGGCUCUGGUCGCUUCCCUUCCCCACCCUCUUGAAAGCGCUGACAUUUGUGGACAAAAAAGGGGAAUUCAGCUCUGCAGUGUAUGGUUUCCUAGACGUUUUGCCUCCGAUUAAAGAGAAGAUCCCUGGUAGGGAUAAUUACAAGCUGAAGACUUUGGCCAACACUUAUCUCUGGCGACAGCUCAGUGAUUGCAAUGCCAUGGAGACUGCAAGGGCUGUGAAGGAUCUGUACGAGGUCCUAGAUAUUGACCUGGUGCGGGAAUCCAGGCUGAUCCUCAGCUGUGACAGCCUGAAGUGUUUCAUCUCCCUUGAGCCAUUGCUGACUGAGAAACUCCUCACCAAGCCAUCAGCCCAGACACUGGCCCGUCACAACAUUGGCCUCUCCGAGCUCUCAACCUGCUACAGGCAUAACCCGAACAAAGGGCUCUGGAGAGUGUGCCGUCUCAUCAAUGCUCAUCGACACAGCUCCGAAAAGAGAGUCCGAAACCUGAGCAAGAUCAAGGUCUACUUCCAGCGCCAGCAGCAGUCAGCUGAAUGCCAGACAACCCCUGCGGGCAGUGAUUUUCUGGGAACCAUAAAAAGUGAGAAAAAAUGUUGAAAGAUGUCUGUGCCUGUCCAGUACAAGAGUGCAAGACCCUGUCUCUCACUCCUGGAGAAAAUUACCAGCUCAUGUCACUAGCUUUGCAUUCAAGAUUUCCCUCUUACUCCUGCCUGUGGUGAUGGAUUUGGGUUUUGAUACGUGAUAGUUGCUUGCUGUCCUCUCUCAUCUAAACACCUGUGUUAAAGGUGAAGGACUGAGGACACUCGAUUGGCUGGGACAUAUCCUCUGGCUUUGCUCCAGUCUUGAUACCCCGUAGCCUCCUUGUGCCUUAGUUUCCCCUCUGAAUGAAUCAAGCUAAAUAUAGGAAGAAAUCUUUCCAUGAUUCCUAGGGAAGGACGCUGCUUCUUGCAGUUCGUCUUACCACAAAGCCUCUGCUGGAUUGGGGCUUGGGGAGAGAAAAGGAAGAAGGAAGAGGGCAAUGUGGCUGGAAGCGAAAGGGAAAAAUAGCAGGUACUGAAAUUAAUUUAGAAGGAUCAAGGGAGCAAACGAUGUCUGUAGUUCCCUAGGUCAGGGAGAGAAGGAGGAAUGUGGAAGAAGGGGUUAGCAGAGAUAUUGGCCCUUUUUUGACAUGAUCCACACCCUGCUCUGCUCCCCAGCUUGGUAAGGGGUGCCCCCAUCUUGCACAUCCUGCCCUCCCUUAGCCUCAUUUGUCCAACUCAGGGAUGUCCCUGCCUCUUGUAGGUACAACAGCGAGGAGAGAGGGCUGUCCCUCGUGCUCCGCAUGUCAGAGCUGCUCUGUUGCCCCGAGCAGCUGAGCCUUCCUGUGAGCCAGUAUUUGCAAUGUCACUGUGGGAGGAACCAAACCCAGUCAUACUCAGUGGACAUCUUUUGGCCGACAGGAUUCAGUGCCUGACUGGCACAGACUCACCUCUCUGCUCACGCACUCUGGUAUUCGCCUUCUGCCCCGGAGCCAAGUCCCGAAGGAGGACAGUGUGAACACAGGCAAGAAGGGCUUGUGUCAGUCAUUCCUUUGUGUGAGACACCAGAUCCUGGAGAGUGGGGGGGACCAGGCUGAAGAAAGAGACCAAAAUAAAAAUAAAAAUAAUAAUAAAAAAAAAACACAUCUUUUGGUCCAUAUAGUCUGAGAUAUGAACCUCCUAAGCAAGUGUACAGUGAUAUUGUUUUCCUACCUCUUCCCUCGCUUUUCAAGUUCGAAGAUAGACAGAGAAUUGCUUGGUCAGUGAGUGAAUCUCAGUGCUCUUUCUGUAGAGGAUCCUGUCCUGCUUACAGAUGCAGAAAAAAUAAA